AAGUGCUUUUAUUUGCUUUAGGAGCUUCUCUUUUUAUAUUAAAGAUCUCCCAAGAAGCCCAGCUUUUGCCUUCACUCCUGAGGCUGGCUGCAAAGAGGUUUGCAGUUUGGCUCUGCAGGCUUCCCUAGCAAAGUUCCCCAGAGGGGGGACCCCUGAGUCCUGCCCCUCUUCGGAGUCCCACUUAGCACGGUGUUCUCUCCCAGGGUGGAGUUGCCAUCGGAGCUGGCAUUAGCGGGCUGCCUUCUCCAGGGAUACAGUUCCCAGAGUCCCCAGGGUGCGGCCAGGUGUGGUGGUCCAUGUUGGACUUGUCCCUUUUCCUGAUUAAAGACGUGGGUUUUUCUGACUACUUUGGUAGCUCUGGGUUAUUUCCAAAUUAACAAGACCAGAGAGGGGGUUGGACUCCAUCUCCAAGAAGAGCCAACAUUUAGAGAAACUUCCUGGGUGCCAGGCACCAUCCUGAGGGCUUUACAAUUCCCAACUCAGUGACCCUGAGCCAGUCAUUUCACCUACUUCUCCCUGAUGUUCCGUCUCUGGACAAUGAGGUCACAAGAGCAGCUCCCUCUCAGGGCCGAAAACCCUCUUUACUCCCUUCACUGAGUCACCAAAUUCUGUGGAAGAGGAAGAAGUUCUUUGGGAUGCUUAAGGCGAAGGUAGUGCAACAAGCCACAGACUAGAGGGCGUCUCGGAGCCGGGUCUGACCGAGAAAUACAUAGAAAUUGUUCCUAAACUACAGGAAGUGGGGCUUUUCCGGUCUGGGGGCGCUGCUAUUAGGAUCAAUACGGCACCGGAGCCAGCCCUCCUCGGGCCCCUCAUUCAGGACCAGCACCAGCCUGUCCGCCUCAGUUUGGUCCUCCCUGAAAUGAGGAGUUCGCGCUCAGGGGCUUCUUGGGUCUCUUCUCACCCUCGGUCUGUGUUCUCAGAAACGCUUCCGUGGUUCUUUCCAUAGCUGCCUCCUAUAUCACAGGAAGGAGGUCCAGGAGGAUCAAAGCUAAAAAUACCAGAAAAGAAAGGAAAGGAAAAGGACCCGGCUGCAUCCAGGGAGUCUAGGAACACUUGGUGCGUGGCCUCUCCUCCAUCCGGGCUCCAAACCUAGGGGACCAGGAAGUAAGACUCCAUUUCCCAGAAUGCCUCUGGCAUUGUAGAAGACUUCAUUUCCCAGCAUGCGUGGUUCCUAACCACCCAAGUCAUGGCACUUCCUCCUACGACAGUCCCAAGGCUUGCUGGGAAACUAGUAAGGCCAAUCUCUUCUGGAGUACUCAUACUUCUGUUCUUUGGGACUUUCUUCAUUGAGGGAAAGGGGAGGGAGUUAGUGCACAGGCGCAGCAGGAGCGCCCUGCUCUGGCAUAGGAGACUUUCUCCUCCCAAAUUCCUAGGGAGCGAGAAGCCCCGGGUGGACCAAUUGCCGGUGCACAAGGAAGAAGUCUCCCCACCUUGGGACUCCCACCCCUUAAAAGACCACUGUUUGUCCGAAGCAGAAACUCUAGAGCCAGAGGGAAUGGCCCCCAGCACCCAGAGGCCCCCAUCCCAGGGGUCAAUAACAUUCAAGGAUGUGGCUGUGGACUUCACCCAGGAGGAGUGGCGCCUGUUGGACCAUUCUCAGGAAGAGCUGUACAGGGAGGUGAUGCUAGAGAAUGUGCAGAAUCUACUCUUCGUGGAGGCAGAGACUAAUUUUGAAGUGAAGGAGAUGUCUACAAAGCUGAGCCUUUUUCUGGAAGGAUCUGGCCCUUCAAGAGGCAUGAAUAAGGGUCCCUGUGACUUCAUUUUGAGAGAAAUCUGUGAUUCUGUUAUCAAGCUAUAUAAAAAUCCAGAGAGUGACUGUGAAUUUGAAGCAAUUGGAGAGAAAUUCGGCCAACAUUCAGUCCUAAAUCAGUAUAUGAAAUUGACCUCAGGAAAUGACUGUUUUCAGGAUAGUGAGUACACCAAAUGCUUCCCUGAAAAAGUAGGAUUUAAUCAGUCACAUGAGAAACCUCCUGAAAUGCCCAUGUAUCAAGGAAACCUACACAGAAUCACCUAUAGCUUGAGUUUAGACCUCAGAAGACAUCCAAAGAGUAAACAUAUAGAGAUGCUUUCUUUGAGUAAUAAAGAGAUGAGACCUUUCAGUCAGAACUGUGAGCUUGGUUUAUAUCAAAAAAUCCAGUCUAAAGAGAGACCUUAUGAAUGUAAAGAAUGUGGAAAGGCUUUCUCAUUGAGGGGUAGUCUUGCUAGACAUCAGAGAAUCCACACUGGAGAGAAACCUUAUGAAUGUACACACUGUGGAAAGGCUUUCACACAGAGUGGCUCUCUUGUUGAACAUCAAAGCAUCCACACUGGAAAGAGAUUUCAUGAAUGUAAACAGUGUGGGAAGACUUUCACAAGGAGGGGUGGUCUUGCUAUCCAUCAGAGAAUCCACAGUGGAGAGAAACCUUAUGAAUGUACACACUGUGGAAAGGCUUUCACACAGAGGAGUCAUCUUGCUAAGCAUCAAAGCAUCCACACUGGAGAGAGACUUCAUGAAUGUAAACAGUGUGGAAAGGCUUUCACAGGGAAGGACACUCUUGCUAAGCAUCAGAGAAGCCACAGUGGAGAGAAACCUUAUGAAUGUAAACAAUGUGGAAAGGCUUUCACACUGAGGGGGAGUCUUGCUGCACAUCAGAGAGUCCACACUGGAGAGAAACCUUAUGAAUGUACAGAAUGUGGAAAGGCUUUCACACAGAGGGGCCAACUUGCGGCACAUCAGAGAAUCCACACUGGAGAGAAACCUUAUGAGUGUACACAAUGUGGAAAGGCUUUCACAUGGAAGGGAUAUCUUGGUAAACAUCAGAGAAUCCACACUGGAGAGAAACCUUAUGAAUGUACAAAGUGUGGAAAGUCUUUCACAUGGAGGGGAUAUCUUGCUAAACAUCAGAGAAUCCACACUGGAGAGAAACCUUAUGAAUGUACACAAUGUGGAAAGGCUUUCACGGAGAGGGGCUCUCUUGCUGCACAUCACAGAGUCCACACUGGAGAGAAACCUUAUGAGUGUACACAAUGUAGAAAAGCUUUCACAUGGAGAGUAGAGCUUUGCAAACAUCAGAAAAUCCACAGUGGAGAGAAACCUUAUGAGUGUACACAAUGUGGAAAGGCUUUCAAACGGAGGGGCCAGCUUGCUGCACAUCAGAGAAUCCAUACUAGAGAGAAACUUCAUGAUUGUAAUUAAUUCAGAUAGCAUUUAACUCCACAGUUGCUUCAUGUCACAAAAUCCCCACUGGAGAGAAACUCCAUGAGUGAGGCUGAGCUUAUAGUUGCCACUCGGAGCUUAUUUAAAAGAGGAUCCACACUAGAGAGAAUGGAAUAUGUUCAAGGUGGUAAGGCUUUCAGGCCACAAUCAUCUCUUAUUCCCAAGUGAGAAUUCCUUUUGGAUAGAAAUCUUAUUCCUGUCAUGAAUGAAGAAAGAAAUUGAAAUGGAGAAUCCAGAGCUUGUUCAAUGUGAGAAAAUGUCUUCUGAAAAGAUCAGUUCCAGAUGGAUUUCCUGUAGGAAGGCUUUCAGCCAGAAAUCAUCUCUUCAUAUCAGGCAAUUCAUAAUGAAAAAAACCCUAAUGAAUGUGUUCAAGUUUUCCUCAGGAGGAGAGUGAUCAAUAUCAUUUGGAGAAAUACAAAUGAUAACAAGGCUGAGGGACCAGCCCACAUCUAUUAGAUUGCCUAUUCUGACAGAAGGAAAGUGACAAAAGUUGGAGGAUAUGUGGCAAGAUUGAAAAAGAAAUGAACUCUUGGGGUUAUGAACUAAUUGAGCCAUUCCUGAGAGAUCAAUUUGAAACUAUGUCCAUAGGGCAUUAAAAAAGGAAAAGGGGCUAUAUAUAGUAAAAAUGCAAAACACUUAAAUGUGCUCUUUUUGGAGUGACAAAAGAAUUGGAAAUUAAGAGGAAACUCAUCAUUUGGGAAAUGGCUAAGCAAAUGGUAGCAUAUGAUUGUAAUGGAAUCCUAGUAUUUUAUCAUUAAUAAAGAGGAGGAGUUCAGAAAAA